UCAGCGCGCGCCUCUAAUGCGCACGCUCCGAACUGGUCCGGUCCGCACAGAUGAGCGCGCGCCGUCACCUCUGAACGCUUUGCCAGAACUUGAACAAGAGGAAACUGUUUGCGGUUUCGAUGUCAACCUCCGGGCCACGACUCCAGUCGGAUCAGUUUGUGCGUAGCUCUCCUGAAUGCUGCUUUCCGGAGGAGAACUGCCGUCGCCGCCGCCGCCGCUGAGUUCCUAACAGGUGUUCGGGGCGCGCUGCCCGCAGAGGAAACAUGUCCAAUGGGAAAAACCCAAAUGCUGCGGCAAAGUAAACAAUGGACCUGUCACCAGAGGUUUUGUGCUGACCAUGCAUGCCUCACUAUUUUAACCAGGCUGAGGAUAUUUCACACCAGCUUUGACAGCUCCUCCGAGAUGACCCUGAAAGCGUGUCUGGAUGAGUGCAUGGAGGCCUUGGAUCUCUUCCUUAACAACCACUUCAACGAGAGCCUGGAGAGGCUGCGGCCAAGAGUCCAUGAGAGUAUGUACCAUGCUCUUAUCUAUGCCACGGUACUGGAGAUGCAGGCCAUGAUGACUUUUCAGCAUGACGACAUCACCAAUGCAGGGAACACCAUGAAGAGUGCCCAGGAGGUCUGUCAGAGGUUUCGACGGAAAGCCCAGGGUUUGGCAAACAAGUCAGUCGGGGAGUCGCUUUCUGAAGUGCAGCUCCAUGCAGAGGCUUGUUACGCAGAGUGCCAACUCCAAAGAGCUGCUCUCACCUUCCUCCAGGAUGAGAGUAUGGUGAGUUUUAUCAAAGGUGGGAUCAAAGUACGAAACAGUUACAUGAUUUACAAAGAACUGCAUAACUUCAUAAAAUCUCACAACUGUGUCAAAGGACCCAGCCAUAUCCACCUAGAGGGAGGGAUAUCUUUCGGAGUGGGGGCAUUUAACCUGACCCUGUCUCUAUUUCCUCCUCGGAUACUCAAAAUGUUGGAGUUUGCAGGCUUUUCCGGUGAUAAGGAAUAUGGUCUAUCUCUUCUCUGUGAAGGUGCGACAGGAAUGAACCUGCGCUCCAUGCUGUGCGCUCUGCUGCUGCUCUGCUACCACACCUUCCUCACAUUUGUCCUUGGAACGGGGGAGGGAGAUGUCUCUGAGGCCGAGAGAUUGCUGAAACCUUUCCGGCUCCGGUACCCGCGGGGUGCAAUAUUCCUCUUUUUUGCUGGCAGAACCGAGGAGAUUAAAGGAAACAUAGAUGAGGCCGUGGCGCUCUUUGAAGACGGCUGCAAGGCCCAGCAGACGUGGAAGCAGUUUCACCACAUGUGCUACUGGGAGCUGAUGUGGUGCUUCACCUUCAAGCGUGCGUGGAAGAUGGCGUACUUCUACGCAGACCUUCUGAGCCAGGAGAGCCGCUGGUCCAAGGCCAUGUAUGUGUACAUGAAAGCUGCUUACCUCAGCAUGCUGCCAAAGGAAGAGGCCCGACCUUUUGGAGAGGAUGAGGUGGAGCUCUUUAGAAAAGUACCAACCCUCAAGCAGAAGAUAGCAGGAAAGUCUCCUCCAACAGAGAAGUUUGCCAUUCGUAAAGCCAGACGCUACAAGGUCUCCAACCCAGUCAGGCUUCCCGUGCCAGUGCUGGAGAUGAUGUACAUGUGGAACGGCUUCAGUAUGAUCAGCAAGCAACCAGAGCUGACCGAAGGCAUGAUGCAGACCUUAGUGGAGGCAGAGCGCACUCUGCUGGAAUCUCCCGAGAACGAAUACAUGAUGGAUGACCGCUGCUUGAUCCACAUGCUGAAGGGUUUGUGUUUCAAGAACCAAGGGGUCCUGCUGGCGGCCGAGGAAUGCUUCAACAAAGUGUGCUCAAGUGAAAAGAAGAUCAAGUUUGACCACUACCUGGUGCCGAAUGCGCUAGUGGAGCUGAGUCUGCUUUACAUCGACCAGGGCAGGAGAGACGCCGCUAUCAAAGUACUCCAUAAAGCCAAGCACAACUACAAGGACUAUUCGAUGGAGUCCCGUACGCUGUUCAGGGUGCACGCGGCUCUGGCCAAACUGAAGGCGGACCCUGGGGAAGAAGACAGCCAGCUGUAACAGAACGUUUCUGCACAACUGACCAGGCUCCUCACCACAGACAAUUUGAACCCAUGUGUAUUUACAACAAACUUGACACUGAACUACUACUCAGGUUCAAUUCCUGAAGGUAUUUUUGUGCCAUCACCGUGAUUACCUUGUCUGACAGAGAUGAAUGCUCCUUGGAAAUCGACAGAGCUGAGAGACUUUUCACUACCUUGCACAAGCCAACACACUUGUGCAAGGUAGAGGAUGUUUUAUGGUUUACGCUGAUAAUGAAUCUUCACUAAUUGAUCCUAAAUAGGAAAAAUCUCAUACUUUAAGCUUUUGUUCAAGUGUAUGGUUGUACUAUAUUCUUCUUGCAAAGGGAAAUGGGGAACAUCAUGUGCUGUACAUUUUAAAGUGACUUUUAUAAUAGCUGGCUGGUGUGAAAAUUGUGAUCCUGCAGCCAGAGUUUUAUGCACCAAGACUCUGACGCAUGUAUUGUGGGUAACUGCCUUUGUUUUUGUUUUUGCUCAGAAGGGUACAACGCCUUGCAAACGUAUUCAUACCCUAUGAACUUUUUCCACAUUUUGUUCUGUCGUCAGCCCCCUCUGCGCCUCUUAAUAAAAUCCAGCAGCUAUUAUUCUAAAA